UUUUGACAAGGACACACAUUUUCGCAUGCUGUUGUUGAAGAAAUGUAUCAAAUUUGGUUCGUUAAAGACAAACAAAUGUAUUAGGACGAUGUCAGGAAAUAAGAUAAAGACUGUGUUAAUUGAUCUUAGUGGGACAAUUCACAUUGAUGACCAGGAAAUUCAUAAUUCAAAAGAUUCUCUCAAGAGAUUAAGAAGCCAGAAUGUAAAUAUUAAAUUUGUGACGAACACAACCAAAGAAUCAAAGACAUGUUUACUGAAUAGACUAACUGGUAUAGGGUUCAACAUCAAACCAAAUGAGAUAUUCACCUCACUGACAGCAGCACGACAUCUUAUAGAGAAGAGAGAUUUGAGACCGUUAAUGAUAGUGGAUGAUAGAGCAUUGGAAGAUUUUGAAGGAAUACAAACAGACAAUCCCAAUGCUGUGUUAAUUGGGCUGGCACCUGAUAAGUUUAACUACAAGACAAUGAAUACAGCCUUCAGAUUGAUCCAAGAUGGAUGCCCUUUGAUAGCUAUCCACAAAGCCAGAUAUUAUAAAAAGACAGACGAACUAGCUCUAGGACCAGGUCCCUUUGUAACAGCUUUAGAGUAUGCUACAGAUACAACCUCACACAUUGUAGGUAAACCUGAGGCUAGCUUCUUCCUGUCAUCAGUGGAAGAAUUCAACAGUCAACCAGAGGAAUGUGUUAUGAUUGGAGAUGAUGUGAGAGAUGACAUUAAUGGUGCUCAAAAGACUGGUAUGUUAGGAAUUCUAGUAAAAACAGGAAAGUAUAGAAUUGGAGAUGAAGACAAAAUCAGCCCUCCGCCAUUUAAAGUUGUUGACGAUUUCCAGCAAGCUAUUAAUGUAAUUGUAAAUGAACUGUUGUGAAUAUAUAGGACAGUUCUAUGAUUUUAAAUACAGUAUCUGUAUAGAACUAACCAUUCAGAUCAAUAGACUGUUGUGAUCCUAUUGGGCAGUACUAUGAAGUUACCCACAGUAUCAUGGAUACUGAACUGACCAUUCGAAUCAGUACUCAACCAUCGAAACUUGUCAAUUUCUAUCAUGCUGGGGGUGUAAUUGUUAUUGAACAGUUGUGGUCCAAUGAACCAGUGACAAAUUCAAGUUUGGAUGUGCACAAUCCCUUUUCAUUGGAACAAAUAUUAUUUUGAAAAAAAAUCUUGUCCAAUUUUUAACAAUUCCUGAAU